CAUUCUCAUCUCCAACCCAACCCAACCCAACCCUCUCUCUCUCUACUCUCUCAAAAUAGAAAAACAAGAAAUGGGUUCGACAGGAGAGAACAAAACAAUACCCAUGGAAGAAGCAGAGGAAGAAGAAGCAUGUUUGUUUGCCAUGCAACUAGCCAGCAUCUCAGUCCUUCCCAUGGUCUUGAAAUCAGCCAUAGAGCUCGACCUCCUCGAGACUAUCUCUAAGUUGGCUAGCCCUGGUGGCUAUGUGUCUCCCUCGGAGAUCGCAGCUCACAUUCCAACUAAGAACCCAGAUGCACCGGUGAUGGUGGAUCGGAUUCUCAGGGUGCUGGCGAGCUACUCUGUUGUAAAGUUUAGUGCCAGAGAGCUCCCCGGUGGAGGAGGGAUCGAGAGGCUCUAUGGCCUUGCUCCGGUGUGUAAGUUCUUGACUAAAAAUGAUGAUGGAGUUUCGAUGGCUCCUCUUCUUCUCAUGAGCGGUGACAAGGUCCUUAUGGAGAGUUGGUAUAUUCUUCUUCUGAACUUCUGUCUCUCAUUUUCUUUUUCUUUUCUUUUUUUAGAUGAUAAAUUAUAUUGGUAGC